UCAUACUGGGGGCUGAAGGGGGCGACGCGCGAUCAUUAGACGAAAAUAAAAUAAAGGGGCGAUAAACGCACGAAACCGAUAAAGCUCCCUUUGUAGCUGCGUUUUUAUUCCUUUUUGAGAACUGUAAUCGGCAUACGUUUUUGGAGAAUGAUACCACAAUGAAGAACGUUUACCAAAUCGGACGUUUUAGCUAGCCAGCCAAAUAAUAUCAAUGGCUAGCUAAUGUUAGCCACCCUAAAUAUAAAUUUUAGCCAGCUAGCUAUGUUAGCGGGUUAGCCAUACAUAGUUAGCUAGGUCACAGCUAGCACACAGCACUAGCCAACUUGCUACCCUAGAUAAAGCGAAUGGUGUUUGUCCAAGAGAUUAUUUUACGGCUGUUUUUGUAUAUCCGUGGUUUGUUCUCAUUUGACAGCUAGUUAACUAGCUAGCAAUUGAGUUAGCUAAUGGACAGUUUCACAUACGUUCUUUGUCAUUACUCAGGCGUUUUAUGGUCUUGGUUCUGGGGCAUGUAGGCGUAGGAGACUAGAUGUGGCAGCCAAGUUUGUCCCGUAGUCUCCGGGAGUCGGGUUGGUAAGCACACGGCAAUUUAGAUGCGUUGGAGGAGUCGGCGCCUCAGACAAACUACGACUUUUCGUAUGAAAGAUAUAGGUAAUUUUUUGACAAACUCUUAAGUACCUAGCCAUCUUGUUGACUGUCAAGUGCUCGCUAAUAAAUUCAUAUGUUGUUUCUUGUUGAGUGCUAUCGAGUUUAGCAGAGCAAGUUGGGCCCUAUUGUCUGAAUCUGCGUUCAUUUCCCAAAACUUGUGGUCGGAAUACAUUUGCACGAGACUUGAAAGCUGUCAUAUUUGCUGUAUUGUAGCUAGCUGCCCAAUGCUAACUACAGGCGUCUUCAAAGGAGGCCAAACUUCGUAGCUAUCUGGCUACAUUUGUUGCAUCCUCUUGUCUACGUAUUUAUUUGUACCCCUAGACUGUCUAUUUUUAUUUACGAAGGGGAUAGAGACAAAUAUUUGCCAGUAAGUGUGGGGCGCCCAUUCAACUCGGGCAUUCUGCGGUGAUGACUUUAGAAUCCAUGAUGGCUUGUUGCCUAAGCGAGGAGGCGAAGGAGUCCAAACGAAUCAACGCGGAGAUCGAAAAGCAACUACGCCGUGACAAGCGAGACGCGAGGAGGGAACUCAAACUGCUUUUACUGGGCACUGGCGAGAGCGGCAAAAGCACCUUCAUCAAACAGAUGCGCAUCAUCCACGGGACGGGCUACACAGACGAGGACAAGAGGGGCUUCACCAAGCUGGUGUACCAGAACAUCUUCACUUCAAUGCAGUCCAUGAUCCGUGCCUCCGAGACCCUCAAAAUCCAGUACAAGUAUGAACAGAACAAGUCCAAUGCACUACUGGUGAGAGAGGUGGACGUGGAGAAGGUAUGUUCCUUUGAACAGCCCUACAUCAGUGCAAUAAAGAUGCUAUGGACAGACCCUGGCAUCCAGGAGGCCUAUGACCGCAGGCGUGAAUAUCAGCUGUCAGACUCAACUAAAUAUUAUCUUAGAGAUUUAGAUCGAAUAGCCGCCCCGGGGUACAUUCCCACUCAGCAGGAUGUGCUGCGGGUUCGAGUCCCCACUACUGGCAUCAUUGAGUACCCUUUUGACCUGGAGAAUAUAAUCUUCAGGAUGGUGGAUGUAGGGGGUCAGAGGUCAGAAAGGAGGAAGUGGAUCCACUGUUUUGAAAAUGUGACAUCAAUCAUGUUUCUUGUGGCCCUCAGCGAGUAUGAUCAGGUCCUGGUAGAGUCUGACAAUGAGAAUCGGAUGGAGGAGAGCAAAGCUCUGUUCCGGACCAUCAUCACAUAUCCCUGGUUCCAGAACUCUUCAGUCAUACUGUUCCUCAACAAGAAAGACCUCCUGGAGGAGAAAAUCAUGUACUCCCACUUGGUUGACUACUUCCCUGAAUUUGAUGGCCCCCAGAGAGAUGCACAGGCAGGACGGGAGUUCAUCCUGAAGAUGUUUGUUGACCUUAACCCAGACAGCGACAAGAUCAUCUACUCCCACUUCACCUGCGCCACUGACACGGAAAACAUCCGCUUUGUGUUUGCUGCUGUUAAAGACACCAUCCUGCAGCUCAACCUCAAAGAAUACAACCUGGUGUGAGGGAGGGAGAGAGAAACAGAGAGGGAGGGAGGAAUGGAAAGUGUGAGAGACAUGCAGCCCACGCACAGCACACAUAUGCACCAAAAGGCAAUCUCAGUACACACACACCCCCACACACACAUGCACUAACACACUUGUUAACACCUACGUAAUAUCCCAGCCUAAAUUCACCGGCAGGUCCCAACAUCCUCCUGCUCCUUGUCUGUUUAAUUGGGUGUUUUCCAGCUCCAGUCAUUCCCCCUCUUCUCUUUUCCACCACAGCCCACAUCCCUCCUGAAGGCGAUCACACGUCUGCUCCGAGGUGUCUCUGACCUGCCUGCUAGUUCACAGGUCUCAUGUGUUGCCUUGGAGGCCCAGGCCUUGGGGUCACCCCUCUUAAAGGAGCAGUGGGGAAAGUAGUUUGAGUCAGUGGGAAGGUCUGUUUGAUUUGGUGGAAGGAGAGAUGAGAUGAGCUGAGGUGUAGAAAAGGAAACGGGCAGAAUAGGGGUGUGGGCUGGGUGUCCUCCAGGGUUCUGGGGAACUGCAUAGAAUAUCCUCAGAGCAGGUAGAGGUAGUGCUGCAGUGUGGUGGGAACCCUCCGAGCUUUCUUAGGUUGUGUGUGUGUGUUUCCUCACACCUUACUCCAGGAUAGAAGUCACCUUGCACUGUCGAAUGUAGAAAGUGUGUGGAUUACAUUCAGUUGGAUGCUCACACACAGACAGAGCAAGGGAGGGAGAGAUGAAGUGAAUUGAGUGUAUAUUAAGAAUUAUUUUAGACAGGUUUAUUGAUUACUACUAUUGAUUACUACUAUUGCUACUACCACUUUGUGAUGAAGAUGUUAGUUGAAGAUGAACAUCAGUUUUUCUCACAAUAGGAAACCUUCAUGAUUGGAAAUAAAUCUGAUUUCCUGAAGGUAUUUUAUUAUUCUAAAUCCACUGCCCCCAAUUUCUUACAAAAACAUAUUAAUCAACAUUUUCCGUAGAACCAAUAAAGAUUGCUGCAUCUUAACAUUCUAAAUAUUACGGCACUAUUUAUUUUUCAUCUGUCAUAAUUCAUACUUUUUAAAAUGCUGUACUGUUUGCCAAAUUCUGAAAGCUUGUUUUGUUUGCUGUAGAUACAAUCAGGUUGCCAGUAUCAGUUGCAUCCCCUGAACUUUCAGACACGAGGAACAAAACCUGCUUGUUAGUGUCUGGGAUGAUGGAAGUGACAAACUAAAUGUCUAGUUACAUUUGUGUUCUUUCAUAGUUGCAUUGAAAUUUUGGUACACUAAUUUUGGCAAAACUAAUUUAUUUGCCACAACAGGGCUCUACAGUGCAUCCAUUUUACUUGCAUAUGCUCUUCAAUAUUUUAUUGUGUGACCAGAAAUUAGAAUAUUUGUGGCUAGGAAUAGCUCAAAUAUUUUUCAUUGUGCACCUACUUUAUUUUGUGUCCUUGUUAAAAAAAGGUUAGCGUAGAGCCCUGCAUGCUAUACAGUGUCCUUUGGCUGAUAAUCACAAUUGUUUGAUAAUGUGUUUUUUUUAUUACAUUUGGGUUAUUUACAACUUGCUGUACCUAAUGUGUGGAUGACAAAAAGGAGUAGUAACAAUAGUUUGUUUUAAUAAAGAAAGCUUUAGUCCUGAGUCACAAAUUGGUCAUCCACACAUCAGUACAGCUUCUCUUUGUGAAGUUAUCUUGUUUUUUUCUCCCUGUUUGGCCAAUAUUGUUAAAAACAGUAGUAGUUAAUAAGUUGUUUGUGUAAUUAUGGACCAGACUCUUCCGCCCUGCUUCCAUCCAGAAGUGUUUCCAUCAGAUGGAAGACUGCUGUAAACAAAUGAUAUCGGCAAGUGAUCUACCUUUCUUUAGGUUGUUGCCGUUCUAUUCCAUUUCAAUUUGAAAUGCUUGAGAAUGCAAAAAUGAAUUUCUAUUUUGGGGUUGACGCUUUAUGCAAAUAGGAAAAUUACAAAAAAAGAAUCUUAUCAGUGGUUGAAUUUAACUGCUUUGCUUUUUUGUAAUUUAAGAUUUAAUUUUUUAUUUGGUAGUGGUUUUUAAUCCCAUAUCUGGUCUCUUGCUUGAUAGUUCCAUAGCUAAAAAUGUCAAUAGACUGCUCUUUUGUCUUUGCAAUGUAAUUCAGGUGAGUUUUCAUAACUUUUCAUUACAAGGGCUACUACUAGCAAAGUUGACAGAGAAUGACAGGACUCUAUGGAUGAUAUAGAGCAAAAGGUGCAAUUUAUGUGGGUGUUAGGAAUCAGGGAGCUGGUGUUGGGGUGUGUUGACACCAGGAGGAAGGUUCAGAGUGCAAAAAAAGAGCUGUCCAGGGAUGCCAGUUUGUAUUAGAGGAUGAAUUCUGCUGGCUUUUUUCUUGUAAACUUUCACAAACCCAUUUGGGCCCAGAACAGAGCCUAGUAAAACCACACUUUGAUAGGGAUCACACUGCUGUCUGCCUCAGCCCUUCCGUUCUCACCUGCCACUCAUGUCAUUGAACAUGGUUUCUUCAGCCGAGCUUUGCUCCAUUUUUGUGAAUACUUUUUAUUUUGGAUCCUCUGCUAAUGUUUCAUGUUUCCAUGCUUGACCUUUGUACAUUAAGAAUGGCCAUGACUGGAAUUGGACAGGAUUGUUUUUGAGGAAGACAUCUGAUUGCCACAGUGCUGUUAGCGCUACAAAGAGCAGAGUGUUAAAACAGUCAACUGAUAUUUAACAGACUCUUGAUAUUUAUCAUAAUGACAAACUGGUUUUUCAUAUCUUGUAUUUUUGGUGCCAGUGAUUAUGGCUUAAAGGGAGACAGGGUGACCAAGUACUUCUCAAUAUACAUGGCAAGCACCUACCCUGCCAAGUCAAGUCUGUGCUCUCUCUAACAUCUGUGUGUUUACAAGUAUAGUGAACUGCAACCUAGGGCUGUUCUGCCUGUAAUUUUGGCUUGGGUCUCCACUAAGUAUGCUCUCCAUGUCCAUUUUGUAUUUGCCACUUUUACUUUUCCUCUACAUUGCCUCAUAACAAACACCUACGUUGUUGAAUGAUUGGUGCAGCUAACAGAGAUAUCUUCAUGUGUAUGCCGCUGAAAGUGGAAGGUAUUACAUCUUUUUGAUAUGAAGUGCCACACUGUUUUUAAAUGGUUUGAGACAUGUUGGUCAUUUUGUGUGUUACCUUUUCAUUUGGCCACUGGUGGAUGUGGCUGUUCUAAUGACAACUUGGUGUGGCAAGGAGUCUUGUUUUCUGCGGCACAACUUUUUUGGGCCUUUAUUAAGUCAUACUCUCACAGCCAAUACGUUAUUUUCCACAGUCUUUGUGAUGUGUAUGUAGGAAGCAUAUAAGAUUGCUUCCUAUGCAACUGUAGAUGAGGUUUUUGACUAAAUUAAACAUGUGAGCAUUAGACUUGAUUGCUUAUGCUAGAAUGGAUGGUCUUGGUUGAACUUGGUGAGCUUGGGCCAAUGUGCUCCCUGGAGUAUAAAGGUAUCUUGCCAGGGAAGGCUAGAAUGAGAUGAUGCUUGUGGUACUUCAGAUCUCCACCCGCACGGCAGCUUGUUUUUGAAUUGUUUUAGAGUGGUUACAGCUUCUCUGCUGCUCUGUUACCUCAAGAAGCACACUCCAUCUCCUUUAUCCUGUGGUUUACUUGCUUAGGUGAAGUAGACUAGCUCUACUGUACAUACAGCACUCAUGCUGGGUUCUCUUCCUUGUUACCCCUAAGUUUUAGUUUUGUUGUACACCUUUCUGCUGUCUUUACUGUAGGCAUCCACAGCAGCUUGUGGUCAAGUGGUUUUGAGGUUUAUGAUUUUGUUGCUCAGCUAAACAAAACUAUGGAGAAAAAAAAAUAGUCUGACGCAGGCAUCACUGCUGUUGGUAGAUACGAAUUCCACCCUAGGUUUUCUGCGCAUAAAGUCAGUGUGUCGGUUUACACAAAGUACACUUGUUUUCAUCACAUGGACUAUGGACAGUUUGUAAGAUGGACUAUGGACCAUCUCUUUUGUAAGGCUGACACAUUACCUGAACACUUGUAUUUAGGACCAUUUAAUAUGAUAGAUUUUUAAAAUAAGAGGUUAAAUUAACUGUGCAGUGGUGUAUAAAUUGAAAGUAAUGUAUUUUUUUUUCUUUUUUAAGUAUACCAAAUGUAAAUGAUGUACAAUAAUGUGUGCCAAUCCCCUUUCUUUCUAGAGCCAGACUCUUAACAAGUGCCAAUGUUGUGAAAAAUCAUAAAAAGGACCUAUGUAUUUCAUGGUCCACUUUUUUAAAACAAAUAAACACUAAGUAUGUGAUUAUGAUAAAUACAUGAAAAUGAACUAAAAAGGACAACUUUAUUCUGUAUUUAAGAUUAAUAAUGAACUGCUGUAUUUAAAGAAAUGUCAUUUUAAUUGCAUGUGUUUGUUUGGGUGGGGAGGUGGGGGAGGGUGGGGCUGGGAGAAAACGUAUUAAUGCAAAGCCCUUCAGAAAGGGGUCCUAAUGGUUAUUAAUUUACAGUAUUUUAGCCAUAUUUCUCUUUUGUAUGUUUCAUUUCAACCACUGUUGCCUGAACCUCAUUCAAACAUGAAAAUGAUUUUCAUAGCCUUCUCCUUAAAAGAAAAAUUAUCUGUUUUAAAUUGGAAUAAAAUGUGUUCCUAUA